AUGCAAACAGGGGCUGCUCCUAAGGACGGGCCUCCAGGGAGCGACGUUCCCGGGGGACCCGAAGAUGAAGGACAGAUGAGUAGCCGACGAAGCGGCUGCCAGAGCAACAGCAGCAGCAGCAGAAGCAGUGGCAGUGGAAGCAGCAGCAGCGGUGGCAGCAGCAGCAAUGUCCGUGGGAGCAGUGGUAACUCCGGCAGCAGCAGCACCAACCGUGGCAAAAGCAGCAGCAAGUGUAGCAAGAGCCGCAGCUGUGGGAGCAACAGCAGCAACACUAGCAGCUCCGGCCGCAGCCACAGCAGCAGUUGCGAUACCAGCAGAAGCAGCUCGAGAAACAGCAAUCCUGCUGCUGGGGCAGCAGCACAGCAACGCGAGACUCCUCCAGCACGCCCAAGGGCGGUGUGUUCCCGCUGCCGCGGCUCUGCUGACACAGCAGCAGCAGCAAAUUGUGCAUGCAACAGCAGAGGCGCAUGCACCUGCAGCAGCGAGGGUGGUGGAUCGGAUGCGAGUGAAGGCCUCAGCUGGAAGCGUAACGACAGCAGCAGCAGCAGCAGCAGCAAUAGCACCAGCAACAGCAGCAGCAACAACAGCAACAGCAACGGUAGCGAACUGUUCAGUGACUUCGAUUGGAGGCCCCAGUCUCAGGAUGCCGCAGCAGAUAGUUGUACUGGUGUGCGCUCCGACUCAGGGGCUUGUUGCUUCUCCAGCAGCGUCAGCGGAUGCAGCAGCAGCAAUAGCAGCAGCAGUUUCAGCAGCGACUGGAGCAAGCACCACAGCCACGGCAGCAGUGGCAAGAAGGCAGUGAACGAAUGCGUGGGCAGCAGCAAUAUCAGCAGCAACAGCAACGGCAGCAGCAACAGCAGAAGCAGCAGUGGUAGCAGUGGCGGCAGUAGCAAUAGAAGCAGCAGCAGCAGCAGUGAUAGCGGUAGCAAUAGUAGCAGUAGAAGCAGCAGCAAGGAGAGCAGCAGCAGCCGUCGUAGCUGCAGCAGCGACAGCAGCUACAACAAGAAGGCCGAUGAGGGUGGCAGCCUUCCUGUACGCCUGUCUUCUCUGAAGCGCCGUUGCAGCGGCUGCAAGGCAGCAUCUAGUGCUGAGGUGCUGCUGCGGAAUGCCUUGGAGUCGUGGCCUCGCAGCAACAGCAGCAGCAGCAUCGGCUUAGUUGGUGUCCGAAGGGACCCUUCAGCAGAGCGAGCAGCAAGAGCUCCGUUUGCUGCAGCAGCAGCAGAAGAGGAAGCAGAGAAUCUUGCACGCAUGCAGGUGGCCUUGCUGCUGCGGUGUCGCGAUGAAUUUCUCGGGGCAGCAGGGAAACAGUUCAUCCACUGCGCUGCUUCUAGCCGUUUGCUGCGGCUGCUGCGACCUUUGCUUCUGUCUACUCAUCCGGCUGUACGCGUUGCUGCCCUGCUGCUGCUGCGGCAUUUGCUGGUCUCCGACAGGCAGCUGCUCCAGCUGCGUCGGUUGUGCAUCCCCCAGCUGCUGGCUGCAGGUCCGCUGCUGCCUCCAAAGCAGCAGCGACAAUCAACAGCACAGCAGCAGGUGCAGCAGCACCAGCAGCAACAGCAGCAAGAAGAGAAGGAAUGGGCUGACUUGGAGCGUUCAGCUGCGCUGCAGCUGUUGCUGCGAUGGGGAAUGCUGCUUACGGGGGGCUGGGGUAGGGUGCCUCCUCCGACUUGUCUUGUUGCUGCAGCAACAAAUCUUGCUGCUGCUGCAGUUGAAGCUGCAGCAGCAGCAGCACCGGGGGGCUGCCUCUUGCAGGAGACGCGGGGCCCUCGCGAAGGAACAACAGGGGUUGAGCUGCUGCUGCAGCACGAACAAGUGGCGUUGCUGCGGCUGCGCGUAUGGCAUGCAAGGCAGCCCCAAGCGCACCUCCAGCCGCAGCAGCAGCAGCAGCAACAGCAGCACCAGCACUUCUGGCCGAGCUCAAGAACGAUUCGCAGUGACAGUUCUCUAGGAAAUGCUUUGUGGCAGCAACAGCAGCAGCGGCAGCAGGACCAGCAGCACCUCCGACAACAGUGGAUGGCUUGCUGCAUCUCUGUGUUGCUGCAGUUUGCUGCAGUUGUCCCCCCUGCUGCCUUGCUACGCCGCGGAGCUUUCGGUGUGCUGCUGCAUGCAGCAGCAGAAGCAGGCCUAUGCCGCUCCCAUCCCGUCUUGGCGGCUUCUCUCUUCAGGCGUCUCUGUUACUGCUCCGCUUCUGUCUACAGCAGCGCAGCAGCAGCUGCAGCAGCGGCAGCAACUUACGCCGCUGCCGAGGGAGCUGCAGAAACACACUCAGGGCAGGCUGCCAGCCGGCUCGCGAGUCCUUCAGCGAGCAACAGACUGGGGCGCAGCUGCAGCAGCAGCAGCAGCAGCAGCUUGGAUUGGCCUCUGAUGGUAUUUGAACUAAGCUCCCUCCCUCGCAUCAUUUGCUUCGAUGCAUCAGCCAGCCAGUGGGGUCCUUCAGGUGCUCCACGCGCUGGUCUUUCCCGUAUGUCUUCAGUGGCAGUCGGCAAGGCUGCCAGUAGCAGCAGCAGCAGCAGCAGCCGCAGCAGCUUCAGCAGCAACACCAGCAGCAGCAACCCCACAAUUGUAGCGAAUCCAGAGAGCUUCUUCCAGCACCAGCAGCAGCAGCAGCAUCACCGAGUGCCGGUGGUGCCGUCGGAGGCGCUGGGCCCUUACCUCUCUGUUGGGUCUCUGCUGCACGGCCCUAUACCUCCUGCUAGCAGCAGCUGCAGCAGCACUGCCACUGGUGCUGCUAGUUCCACUCGGGGGCCUACGACUGCACAGCAGCAGCAGCAGCGGGCAGCAGCGCAUGCUCUGAUUGUACUGCUGCAGCCAGUCUCGGGGUUGUUGCUGCUUUGUAGCAAGCCGCAGCCACUCCUUCAGGUGCUCCAGCUGCUGCUAUUGCCAGAGACCCCACAGGAGCAUCGCUGUUUCAUAUUAAAGUUUCUGCACUGUCUCUUGUCUUUGGCUCUUGGGUUUGGGGGACGCAGACUUGACGCUGAAGACUGCAGGUUGCUGUUGGAGAAGCAGGCUGGGCAGCAGCAGCAAGAGCAGCAGCAGCACGACGGGCGGCGCCCCUUUUGUUGCGAUGGAGUUCAAGUGGCCCAUGCGCGGCUUUUGCUGCUGCUGCUGCUGCGCUGGCGCUUCCACGCCGCGCUUCUGGGGUUGCUGGAAGGCAGCAGCAACAGCAGCAACAGCAGCAGCAGCAACAGCAGUGGAGCAUAUGUUGCAGCAGAUGAUGCAAGUGUCUGCGGAGGUUUGCUGCUGCGGGGCAACGACUCCUUUGCUACACUGGGGACUCCCUGGACUCAAGGAGACCCUUUUGUUGCUUGGGGGCUGUCUGCAACAACAUCUAGGCAGCUGCCGAUGCCGCUGCAUGCGAGUUCGUCGGUGUCUUUGCUGCUGCCGCAGCAGCGGCAGCAACAUGGAUCCAGGGAGCGCAUUCAGCAGCAACAGCCACAGCUCCUGCAGCAGGAAGCUGCGCAGCUGCUGUUUGUGCUGCUGUUUGCUUCUGCGGCGCUGCUGCCGCUACCGUAUGUAAGAGAAGCCCACGAAGCCAUCGAUGGCCCAGGAGGAGGGCCCCUUAGUGAAGGGUUUGGGGCUACAGACUGCAACCUAAAUAUGAAUAAAAGCAUAUUAGAAACCUUAUACCGGGGCCCCACAGCAGCAGCGCCGCAGCUAGCCUCAAGAACUGCCGAUGCACCGCAGCACCCACAGCAAUACGUAGCAGGAGGCUGCACAAGCAAUGGACCCGCAGCGGGAAGCAACGUCAGCUGCACCAGUGGCAGCAGCAGUGACUGUAGGGACGACUGUAGCAACAGCAGCAGCAGCAGUAGCAGCAGCAGCAGCAGCAGCAGUAGCAGCAGUAGCAGCAGCAGCAACCUUUGGGCCAGUGUGUCGCUCUUUAACGAGGUCCUUACGUCAGCAAGUGCUUUGCUGCCAGCAUCCUUCUUCAGCAGCAGUAGCAGCGCAGCAGCAGGAGCUCAGAAGUCGGAGGACCUGCUGGAGCUCUUAGGGGACUCCCUCUUCAGGUGUAUGCACACCCCAUGCCCCUUGCUGUACCAGGCGUCGGGUGAUCUGGGGUCGUAUGCAACUGCUGCUGCAGCGGAAGAGCGGCUUCGGCAGUUGGGCGUGCAGCUUCAGGUGUCUCUACACCUUCCAGCGGGCCUCGAUGAUCCCCCACUAACGGAGAGCAUCGUUCAGCAGCUCGAAGCCACAGGCGUCCUUGAUGAAGCCAAGGAAUGCGACAAGUGGGUUUGGGGUUUGUUUGGGGCUGUGUGCUCUCGCAGGCAGUGGCCGCAGGUGCUAGGGCAGCUGCUUAGGGGCCUCGGGGCCCCUGGGGUGUUGCUGCAGAAAGACCCCUUAAGGGCUUCCUGGGGGGCCCCCCAGCGUUUUAUUGAGCGGUGUGUCUCCUGUCUGUCGCCGUCUUCUUCAUCCAUAUUGUCUGUUCUGGGCGGCCCUCAGGGCCUUUACUUGCCUGCUGCGGCUCACGCUCUUGCUGCGCUGCUGCUGCUGCUCUUGCAGCAUUUAGAGGAGCAGCGUGCGGCUGUCUUGCAGCUCCCUACUUCUGUCUUCGACGUAGCAGCACCAUCAGCAGCAGCAGCAGCAGCAAGUGCGGCCAUGUUCCCAGCUGCAACGUCAGCGGCAGCACCGGCAACAAUUGCAGCAGCAUCAACAGCAGCACCAACAGAAGCAGCAACAGUAGCAACAGCACCAGCAGCAACAGCAACAGCAGCAGCAACAGAGGCAUCGACAGUGGCAACAGCACCAGCAGCAGCACCAGCAGCAGAACCAGCAGCAGAACCAGCAGCAUCAGCAGCAGAAGCGGCUGACCGGAGGCUGCGGGAGCUCUUUGGACUGAGGAAGCUGCUGAAGGAGAUUGGGGAACUUCUGCUGCAAAUUGCAUGCGGUGGCCGGAGGGACAGCUGCUGCGCGGAGACUGACCCGUGCAGAGUUGCUACAUGCACUUCAUCGCUGGGCUACUGCAGCACGGAAGCAUCGAGCCCUUUCUGCAGCUGCGCUGCAGCAGCGUGCGGCAGCAGCUUUAGUCUCGCCAGCAGCACCGUCUGCAGCAAAGACAGCAGCAGCAGCUUGGGCACAGUGGGAGCUGCUGCGGACGCAGGGGCGUCGAUGCUGCAUAUGCAUUGCAAACGCCAGCAGCACCAACCGCGUAUAGGCCUGCAGCACCGGUCCCUCUUUGCAGUGUAUGGACAGCUGCUGGGGGUUCUCAGCCGCCGGGCCGCUGGCGUGCAGCUGCUGCAGCAGGAAGGGCUGCUUCCCCUGCUGCUGCUGCUGGCAGGAGCACGGUCAUCUGCUUCUGCUGCGCCGCUUGCUGCUAUUAUCCCUCUGCUGUCUCUGCGAUUUCCUGCAACACGAAAAGUUGCUGCUGAGGCGCUGCACCACGGGGCCCCCGACCUGCAGCUAGCCAUCUUGGCUCACUGGAGUUGUCAGUGCUGCUGCAGCAGCAACAUGCAGCAGCAGCAGCAGCCAGAGGAGCAGCAGCCGGAGCAGGCACAAACCCCUGAAUGGGUCUGGCAGCUGCAGCUGCUGCUUCAGCUGCAGCAAAAAGGUAACCUUGAAAACUGUUUGCCUAUUGGAGUGUCUCAACAGGUGCUGCUGCUGCAGCAGCAGUUGCUGCAGCUCCAUGGACCUGCAGCAGCAGAAUGUGUACUGCGGCAAUUGGUUAAGGAAGGCCCAGAGGCCCUCAGCAGGGCUCCAGGACCCCUGAAGCUGCAGUUGUUGCGCUGCAGUGAGGGGCUUCGGCUGCUGGCGGUUGACGGUUGGCUGCAGCAGCAACUGCGCUGGCAGUCUGUGCUGCUGUGGGGCGACACAAUAGCGGCAGCAAGAUCAGGAGGAGCAGCAGGAGGCAUGCCGCUUGAGCAGCAGCGAGUUGAGCAGCAGUCGGUCCUGCUGCAGCCGCUGCGAGGGGGAGGCCUGGCGAGGGUUUUUCGUGGUGUUGCUGAUGAGGCUUUGAAAGACAGUCGUGUCUGGCCCACAGAAUCUGCAGCAGCAACAGAAUCCCUCUGGGCAGCAGCAGGGCAUCCGCAUCCCGCUGCAGCAGCAACAACAGCUGUAGCAGCAAAAGGCCCAGCGCCUGCUUUAAUCAUUUGCAGCCCCCAUGACUGGAGAGGGGCUCGGUCGGCUGCAGCAGCAGCAGCAGCAACAGCAGCAGCUCAGCCGCCUUGGCUGUGUCCCCACGUCGACAACAGCAACGUGCCGAUCGCGCAGUGUGCAGAUGGUUGCGGCUCUGGCAGCAGCAGCAGCAGCAGCAGCGGUUGCUGCUGCUACUGCGCAUGCAGAAAAGAGUGGAGCUGGCUGGCGUCUGUGCCGUGGGAGAUUUUGCUGCAGGUGGUGGACUUUGGGGCCCAGCACCAGCAGCAGCGCUGCAGGUCUGCAGGAGCGCCUGCAGCAGCUGAGCAGCACCUCAAGCAUGAGCUCAUGCUGCCGCAUGAAGAUACAGGAGGCCCCAUCGUACUGCAAGAGGUUUCCCUUGCUGCUGUGCCUUCCCGCUGCGUAGGAGAUUGGGUGUCGAAGACUUUCUACACCCAUCACUGCCAGCAGCAGCAGCAGCAGCAGCAACGGAAGAAGCACAACGGCGGAGCUUCUAGCUCUGCAGAUGCUUCCAUGUGCGAGCAUCGCGCGACUGCAACAGCUAUGGAGGCUGCAGCAGCAGCUGCGGCAACAGCAGCAGCAGCGCUAGCCAGCAGCAGCUGUGCCCUCAGUGCCGUCCCAGGCCUGCCUCCUGCUCUUUGCAGCAUCAUAGAUGGGGGCCCCCUUGCAACGCAUUGGGUGUUGUCUUCUGUUUGCAACUUGCCUUUGUUUCGCCGGCCCCAGGAGCCUUUGCUGCCUGGAGGGAUGGACGAGGCUGUUACUGGUGCAGGCCAGCCCGCAGCAGCAGCAGCAGCAGCUGCUGCUGCUGCAGCAGCAGCAGCAGCACGAAGACGAGGAGAAAUGGGGCACGUAUCUUCCGGAAUGUUUGACGGCAUGAAGACGCUUGGUGGGGGGGCCCCGGAUCCUUCCGAAGGGGCCCCCCAGAUGGGUAGCAGCAGACAGACAGAUAUUGGGCUAAGAGCAGUAGUUAGAGUUCAGGGCCUCUCAGCGGGGCCCCAAGGUCAUUUGGUGGGGCCCCCUUUUAAGGCAGCGUUUGCUUCGGUUAGAUGGUCUUCUGAUGGCGACGAUCUGCUGCAGCAGCUGCAGCAGCAGCAUGAAAGGAGGCUCUUCCGCCGCUGCUACCUCCGGGGGUUUGGGGGGCCCCUAUCUCAGUCUAAGCAGCAGCAGGGGGCCCCUACAGAGCGCCAGCAGCAAACAAAGCCUGUUGGGGACGGAGACCUUUCAGAGCAACCGUGCAGGUACACGGGUCAGGAAGAUGAAGUUUGUCUUCCGGUGUAUUUGCAGCGGGGGCCUUACCGCUGGACCCUCUGCUGCCACCUCAUGCAGCAGCAGCAGCAGCAGCAACAGCAGCAAGACGGGAAACCGACCCCCCGGGCCCCUCUUUCGUAUGUUCAUUUAGUAGCUGUCGGUGCAGAGAUUCAACUCAUGCAGGAGACCCCAAGACCUGUGGGGCCCCCCGCCUCUGUUGCUACGGUGCUGGCGCACACUGAGAGAGGCCGCCGCAUUUUACGUGGAGACUCAUGUUUCCUCCCUGGACUGUGGAGAGCCCUUUCGAGGCCUACGGAGGUUCGGGGGCAAUCUUGUGCUGCAGCAGCUGCAGCAGAUGCUGCUGCAGCAGCAGCAGCGGCUUGGCUUGCGGUUCAAAUAGCAGUAAGUUGCGGAUCGUUGGAGGCCCUACGGUAUCUGGACCCACCGUCUUCAUUCCUGAAGCAGCAGCAGCAGCAGCAGGUGCUUCUACUGCCGCAGCAACAGCAGCACGUGGAGAAGCAUCGAAAGCUUCCGUGGCUGCUACAGCAGGUGUGGCGAGUAGCUGCUGCUGCUGUAGACCCUGCUGUACGUACAGCUGCUGCAGCAGCUCUUGCUGCCCUCCCAGCUCACUCAGAAGCAGCGGAGGCCUUUCUUCUUUCAGGUUGGGGCCCCCUUCAGCCAGACCUCGAACUACCUCUAGCGCCCCACAGGGUUGCAGGUUCGGCAGGCGGGGGCCCCCCUAAAGGUUCCGAUGGUACAGGUAGCAGCAGCGGCAGCAGCAGCAGCAGCAGCAAGGAAAUGAAUUAUGAAAGCCUUGACAGGGAUGUUGGAGAGGCAGCGCCCUCGCGAGAGCUGUCCCUUGACAGCGUCAUAUGGGGCCCGCCUCUACAACCCUCUGCUGCUGAAGGGCUCUGGGGCCCCCCUAGUUCCGGGGGCCCCCCUAGGGCCCCUGCGUCGCAGCGCGACUACCCCGUUAAAAGGCCAGAUGCCCUACAGAAGGAGGUGGAGGAGACUCUGCGCAGCCCCACAGAGUGGGAAGAAUGGUCUCUAGUGUCUCUGCCUAGCAGCAGCGAAGCAGACAGCAGCAGCUCCUACCGUUCGCUAGAGGCAGACAUGGAGGCUGCAGAAGCAGCAGCAGCAGCAACGCCGCAGCAACGGCAGAAGAAAGGACCGCUACCUGCAGAUCUUGAAGUCGUGCAGCAGCCGCUUUCAGAAGACAGCGAUGAGGCUUUGGUAGCGGAGCUGCAGCAGCCGGAGACGGGGCAGCAACAGAAGCAGCAGCAACACCAGAAGCAGAAGCAGCGGGAGAUGCGGAGAGCAUUGUCUCUCCCCAGUGGUCUGAAGGUUAGCCCUGCAGGCUUCCCAGGACUCCUAGGGCGAAGCGGUUGUUCACCUUCUUCUGCCUAUAAGACCUUCGGGCCCGUGCACUUCCAGUUGUUGCAGCAGCUGGCAAUAUUACGAAACACUGUUGCUGUCAAGAAUGAGGGGACAGUGGUUGCCCUGCGAAAGAUGCGCAAAGAGAUGCCUGAACCAUUUCAGUCAGUGGAACUCUGGUACAGGGCACAGCUCCUCAACGACUCCCUCCCCGCUUCUCCUGAAAUCUUGCACUUUUGCCGAUUUCUGUUCUCGGACACGCUGAAGUCCUUUGAAGCCCUUUCAUAUCUUGAAGAGGUUGCAGCAGCUGCAACGUCGCGAAGGCGCCGCCACAUGCAGCAGCAGCGCCAGCAGCAGCGGGAGCGGCAGCAGCAGCAGCGGCAGCAGCAGCAGCAGCAGCAGCAGCCGCAGCAGCGGCAGCAGCAUCAGCAACAGUGA